AUGGAGCAGCAAGGAGCGGUCCACAUAGACGACUGUCCGUUGGAGAGACUUAUCCCCAUCUGGCUGAUCGUGAGCGGGGUCGCCCCCAUCUUCUUUAGCGGCGCGGUGCGCAAACCGAAUGGAGAAGAGGGGAAGGAGGAGACGGAGACCGGAGGUUGCGCACAUGUGGCGCGAAGCAUCUGUGGGGCGAUUGCGCUGGUGUUUAAUCUUGCAUGGCUCAUUUGUGGGUCUGUAUGGAUCUACCCAACCUACGGCAAGGUAAACGAGGACGGAUUUACUCCCUGUGCUGGAAACGUUACGACGGGCUGCUCUGACGACUGCCAUAAGCCGACCUUGACCUUUGCUUUUGCUAUGGUGACCAUGGACUGGAUAUUCUUUGCAUUCUGGUUAAUUGCUAUUGGUUGCAGUGUGCGCCAAGUUUUGGCAAAGGCGAAAGAAUCGCAAAAUUUAAACGGCUGAUUUUGCUCGUGUUAGAAAUUUUUCAUUCAAGUUCUUUAUGUAUCUUUCAGAUUAUUACCGCAUUACCGACUUUUCCAUCGUUUAUACCUGUACGAGUUUUAUAAAAUCAGAUGAAAAUCUCUCUCGCUACUGAAGUGGAGAUAACUCUUGAAGAAAAUUGCAUACACUAAAUACCUCAUAAGACAAGUAUUUUUGUAAUUGUUUUUGUUGUAAAUGUGUUUAUUUUGUUAAGUGAUUGGGAUUUUAAUGGAUUGGAAUGAAGAAAAAUACUCAUGCUAUAUAUUUAUAUAUUGAUUUCAAGUAUAGAUUCCAAACGUAAAUUUAAUAUGUUUCCAUCUUGGGUUAAAGACUUGGAUAAAUACGUGUUGUUUAUAAACAACACGGUUUCUU